GAAGCUGCUGCUGCUGCUGGCGUUUUCUUCAUCAUUAUAAUUUAUAAUUAAAUAAUAUCGGUUAUUCAUUCAUAAUUUAUAGCAAGAAAAUAAAAGAAAAGGGCAAAGGAAAAUUAAACAUGGGUCAAGCUCAAAGCGAGGUGGCACCAAGCGAUACAGCAGAUCAAAUGGAACCCCAUUUUUCUUCAUCUCCUUCGAUGGAAUCUCUUCUUGCUGAAGCUGUAGCAUAUGGAAAUGAUGAGAAUGAGUCUCUUGAAGCUAAGGCUCAGAAAGCAUUAGAAUGCCCAUGUAUAGCUGAUUUACGCAACGGCCCAUGUGGAGUUCAGUUUUCAGAAUCAUUCUUGUGUUUUCUCAAAAGUACUUCAGAGGAAAAGGGCUCGGAUUGUGUGCAUCCAUUUGUGGCUUUGCAGAAUUGCAUCAAAGCUAACCCCAACGCUUUUUCUAAGGACAUUUUAGAAGAAGCUGAAGAGAAGAAAGAGGAGGAGCCAGCACAGGAAUACAAAAUUAUUCCUCCCAUAUGGUCUAGAGAAUCUCAGAGUCCGAAGUCCAAGCUUUAGGAGACUGAAAACUCACUUUUUUCCGGCUCCUGAGUUCUUACUCGCAGGAGUUACUAUUUUAUCAAAUAAAAAAAUCGAUCAUUGAAAUUCCAUUUUUGAUGACUAUGAAUGUACUAAUGGAACUAUACAUUGUUGGCUGCACAUCAUGAAAUCCAUCGAUGCUCAACCUCACACGACACGAGCAAGAUGCUCUUACUGUUCCUUGAAUGAAUGCCUUAAUUGUCAUGUAA